AAUUAUAUGUCUCAUUGUAAUAAUUAUAUAUAUAACCUACAUAUAUUUUGAAGUGACAUAAAAAUAUGUUUUCAUCAAAAAAUAAUGUGAAAUCAACAUUACUUUGUGGACCUCAGGAAUUAAAUAAAUCUUUUAUGUUUGAGACAGCCAUUUAUUGGGCCGAGGAAGGACGCCGCGUUAUUUACAUUACACCAACACCAUUGGAGAGAUUACCGGCAACUUGUCAUGAUAAAUGUAAUCCAGCACCCGCGGUUUUCAAGCUUAUGAGAUUUAUGUAUUUGGAGAACUAUGAAUCUCUUAUAGAACGAAUGAUUGAGUUGCAUACCUUUGCCAGUUUACCAUCUGUUCUUUUAAUCGACGACUUUGAUGCCUAUAUCAAUGAUUAUAAAGAAACCGAAAUAUCACAAGAUCUUCAUAUUGCCAGAAUAUGUUCCUUGAUUCUUGAUACGAUGAAUUCUUGCGCACGAAUUCUAAAGAUCAAUGUAUAUAUAUGCGCCUGGUCUUUUUCUGGAAUAAAUGAUAUUUGUACAUAUACAAUAUACUUUAUCAAUAUUUGGAAUGUGAUGAAUGAAGAAGAAAAUAAUACCAUAUUUUUACAAAAAUAUUUACAGAAAACUUUUACAGAACAAUGUCCAUCAUAUAGAUAUUGCAAACUUGAAGAUGGAACGAGAGUAUUAAAACAAAUUCUAUACGAAUCUAUGAUUUUUGAUAGAAAUUAAUUUUCAGAUCAUUAUUCAUAAUUAAUUUUCAAUAUUCAUAAUUAAAUCAGAUAUUAAAAUGUUAAAAAAAGAAUAUAUGUGAUAGAUAGAAUAUAUUAUAUUAAGCAAAAAAAUUUUAAUAUGCAUAUUGAAUAGAUAGAUAGAUUGAAUAGAUUGAUAAAAUAAACAAGAUUGAGAAAAUUCAAUCGUUUCCAAAAUAUAAUCAUUUUUUGUUUUGUAUUAGUAUGAAUUGAUUUACCAAUUAUAUUAAUAUUACAUAUAAUUGAUUUGUCGAUGAUUAUAGAAGAUAUUCAUUCAUUUCACAUGUCUUCGUUCUAUUUUCAUAUGUACUUGAUAUUUUUUCUUUGUGAGUUUUUUCGAAAAUUCCAAAUUUUUAUCGAAUUUUUAUUUCAUAAGAAUUAUUUCAUUGUUGGAUUCAAUUUUCUUAAAUUAUUUAUUAAUGAACUUUUGUUCAUUAAGUAUAUAUGAAAAUAUGAAAACAUUCAGAAAGCAGUUUAUAUAAUAUACAUUAAAAAAAAUAUUUUAUGCCAUGAUAUGUAAAAGCCAGCAAUUAAUAAAUUAAUCAUAUUAGUAAAUUAAUGCUAAUAUAAAAUAAAAAAUAAUCAUUUUGAAAACGAUUAAAUUCUUAUUUCUUUUUCUGACUUCUCUUUAUUUUACUUAUUCAGUAUGAUAUACAUUUGAAUUUUGAAAUCUUUUUUUAAUACAUACAUUUUUAAAAAUCCUUUAAAUAUCCAAAUAUAUUUUCAAAUAUAAAUGAAUUUAUACAAAGAGUUAAUAUAUUUUUAAUAUAUUUUAGGAUAUUUUUGGAAAGUAAAUUCUAAAAAUCAAAACAAAUACAAAAAUUUAUAUACAAAAGUAACGAAUUUUAUUUAUUAAAUUAUAAAUAAUUUAAGUUCGCAUUAGAUGAAGCGAGGCGAAAAUAAUAGUAAUGUAUUAGAGUGAUUUUAUUCUAUUUCCGUUUCGCUUCAUAUAAUAUGAUAUAACAUGAAUUUUUAUUGAUUAUAAUUUAAUAAUUAAAUCUCAAUUGAUUUUUAUAUACCAAUUUUUGUUCUGACUUUUACAAUUUCCCAAAAAUGUUUCGUAAAUAUAUUAAUAUUUUAUACUUAUAUUAUAUAUAUUAACUUUCUACGUACAUAUAUAUAUAUAUAUAAGAGAAAAAAAGUAAUAUUAUAAUUAUUAACAUAUAUAGAAAAAAUGAUAUAAAAAUAAUAUAUUAUUUUUAUAAUAUCGAUUACUUUGAAAUAUUGAAUGUGUUAAGGAAAAAUAAAUGAUUGUAUUAAAGAACUUUAUUAUUAUUAUUUAUAUCAUAGUUAUCUUUAAUUAAUUAAUUUAUUUUAAACCGAAAAUUUGUUUUAUUUGUUUCAUUUGAAAAUUUUAUUCAAAUAAUUAAUGUUUUAAUAUAAUUUCAAAUAUUUUAGCGAUUAUUAUAUGAUAUAUUAUAUGAUACUAUUAUUUGUUGUAAUUCCAAAAAAAAUAAUAAAAUAAUAUU